GCGGCGCGUCUUCCGGCCGGCGAGCGGUUUCCCCCGAGCGGAGCCGCGGUCCUCGGCGCCCCGGUGCGCGGUCCUGGCUCGAGCCCCUCGGAGUUCGGUGAAGUUCAGAAACCAUGUCUCGCAGAUAUGACUCCAGGACCACUAUAUUUUCUCCAGAAGGCCGCCUGUACCAGGUGGAGUACGCCAUGGAGGCCAUCGGGCACGCCGGCACCUGCCUGGGGAUUUUGGCAAACGACGGCGUUCUGCUGGCUGCCGAGAGGCGCAACAUCCACAAGCUUCUCGACGAGGUCUUCUUCUCUGAGAAGAUUUACAAGCUCAAUGAGGACAUGGCCUGCAGUGUGGCCGGCAUCACCUCAGACGCCAACGUCCUCACCAACGAGCUGAGGCUCAUCGCGCAGAGGUAUCUGUUACAGUAUCAAGAGCCGAUUCCUUGCGAGCAGCUGGUCACGGCCCUGUGUGACAUCAAGCAGGCCUACACACAGUUCGGAGGCAAGCGUCCUUCGGCGUCGUCCUUCGGCGUGUCACUGCUCUACAUCGGCUGGGACAAGCACUAUGGCUUCCAGCUGUACCAGAGCGACCCCAGCGGGAACUACGGGGGUUGGAAGGCCACGUGCAUCGGCAACAACAGCGCCGCCGCCGUGUCGAUGUUGAAGCAAGACUACAAAGAGGGGGAGAUGACCCUGAAGUCGGCCCUUGCUCUGGCCAUCAAAGUGCUCAAUAAGACCAUGGAUGUUAGUAAGCUGUCCGCCGAAAAAGUGGAAAUCGCCACGCUCACGAGGGAGCAUGGGAAGACAGUGAUCCGCGUGCUCAAGCAAAAGGAGGUGGAGCAGCUGAUCAAAAAACACGAGGAGGAGGAGGCCAAAGCCGAGCGGGAGAAGAAGGAGAAGGAGCAGAAGGAGAAGGACAAGUAGGCGGGGCAGCGCGCACGCCCUUGCCAGGACGCGCCAUCUUCCCUGCCCAGCCGCCCAGGUCUCUGGGCGUCGGCUGGACAGCGAGCAGGGGCGCCCGCCCCCGGCCUCCGUGCCGCCCGUCCGUGGCUGCUCUGUACACGACGGCUCGUUCUUGACGGACAUGUUUGUCUUUCACCCCUAGUUUUUUCGAGUAAAACUUGGAAAGA